AUGGCCUCAGAGCCAGGUUGCAUCAUCCAAAAGCUGGGCGUUGUGAUUCUGAAAUACGUAAUGGCUGGAUCUGGAAGUUCAGAGGCUAGAAUCCCCAUUUUCUCAGAGAAGGGGUUCUUAAUCCCAGAUUCAAAGACGAAGCAGGAAUCUGAGGCAGUCGGCAGGAUGUAUGGACCAGUAUUUUGCAUGUGCAAGGCUGUAAAACAACAGGAUGUAUGGACCAGUGUGCUGCCGAUUAAAAUAGAGGCAGUCGGCAGGACCAAAAUGGCCAGUUGUGGUUUGAGAAUUGAUUUUCUACUUGUAUGGAGGUCCUUUAUUUUUAGGAGUCAGAAGGAAGCUUCAUUCGUUAAAAAGAAAGAAACCGGACGAUCAUAA